AAAAUCGUGGCAUCCAAUAUUCCCUCACUUAGACUUUGACCUCAUCCCAACUACAACAAGGAGUAGCACAUGUUCAGCUUCUUCCUUUUCUUUUUUCCUCUAACUUUUGCGCUCCAACUAAAAUUAAAAUAAAUAAAUCAACAAAAUCUUGCAAACUUUCUCUCUCAUCAAAUCUGGGAAUUUUACUCUGCUAAUUUUUUCUUAGCCGCCAUUUUUGUCAAAUUUUCUCUUACACGAAACCCUAAAUUCUGCACUUUUUUGGAUUGUCGGUGAUCUCCGAGGUUGCAGCAAUGACGGAUUCAAUCAGGUAUCUCCUUCAUUAGCAGGUGAAAUGGUUUUCAAGCUUUACAAACCAAAGGAUGAUUUGGACUAUUUGAAUUUUUAUAUUAUCUGCAAUGCAACUAGCUUCGAAUGGCAGUCGCGGAGAAGAUGAUUCAGAAACAGAACCUAUCUUGUCGGAGUCCCAUUUAGUUGAAGAAUCUCACGAAACUACCCUUUGUGAAAUCAGAACUGUUGAUUGCGAUACUUCUGCUGUGACAGAUGUUGAAGCUGAUGAAAACUGCAGUCUAGUGAAUCCAGAGCAACCACAAUGCCGGAUAUGCCUUGAAAUUGAAGGAGAAGAUUUAAUUGCUCCAUGUCAUUGCAAAGGCACUCAGAAAUAUGUCCAUAGAUCAUGUCUUGACAACUGGAGGUCCACAAAGGAGGGCUUUGCUUUUGCUCAUUGUACAGAAUGCCGGGCAAAUUUCUUACUGCGAGCAAAUGUCCCAUCGGAUCGCUGGUGGUUGAGAUUAAAGUUUCAGUUCCUUGUUGCAAGAGAUCAUGCACUCAUUUUUAUAGUUGUUCAGAUGAUUGUGGCAGUGUUAGGCAUUUUAGUUUACAAAUUCUAUGGCGAAGAACUACGUGAAAUGUUUGGCUAUCAAGAACACCCAUAUGCAUUUUAUAUCAUGGCUGUUUUGUCUAUUAUACUCGUUGGCUUGCUUUAUGGCUUCUUCAUAGCGAUAAUAUGUGGACAGAGGAUCAGUGAGCGCCACUAUCAUGUUCUUGCAAAGCAAGAGUUGACAAAGGAGUACAUAGUGGAAGACCGUGAAAGUAAAGAUGUUCCUGAACUUGACCCUAGCCACAUAUCAGAGCUGAGAAUGUUGGGCCUCUACUGAAACAAUCAAAUAGACUUUCCUUGGCAUUCUUGUAGGUCCCACCUUGGCUCUGUUACUGGAAUCCAAGAUAUGAAUUUGGAGGCAGCACAUGGGGGAACUUCUUUAGCAUAUAGAGCCAUAGAGGUGCAUAUAUACUCACAUACAUACCUUUUCUUAUACUCCGUGUGUGAUAGAGAUACAAUUUACAAAACUCUAAUCUGCUGUAAAGUUUGUAGGCAUUUGAUUUCUCUUGGGUUUUGGCCUUUGCCUACCAUUUUUACAUAACUGGACCUUGUGCAAUGAACGAGGUUAUCUUGAAAACCAGUCAGUUGAUUUCUCGUGUGAAAUUGUCGGAGCUGUAUAUAAUCUCUCAAUUGGGCUUAGCUUUCUAGGAGGAACCAUACGUGACUGUAAUAAAACAGGGCAGAUAUAGGAGACUCCUAGAUGGGUACAGGACUACAGGAUAGGUUCUGCAAGACUAGGUGCCCCUUGCAAUUUUAUGUAAAGAUUGCAUGCUGCCACAAUGUCAUUUUUCAGAUAUUUGAUGGAAGUGCAUUAACAUGAUCGUAUAGUCUUUUUACUCCUGGUAGUAAAAUCAUACUGCAAGCAUAUUUGAUCUUGCCCUUGUGACAUGUAAACUUUUGUUAGUUGAGAGCUGAUGUAAAAGUUGGUCAUAACUUCUUGCAAGGUUUCUGUAAGCUAAA